AUGGCCUCUUCCACUUCCGACAGCAUCGCCGCAGCGGCGUCCGCGUUGAAUCACAACUCGUGGCGACCCGUUGACGCCGUUGACCAGCGCGCCGUUGACCAGCGCGCCGUUGACUGGGCGGGCUGCGACGUGCCUGCGUUGUCGCACCUGCUGCUGCUAGAGCAGAUGCGGCAGAUGCGGCAGAUGGGACAGGCGGAGCAGCGAAGCAAGGCCGCGGCCGACGCCGCAAGACGCGGCGAAGCAAGAGGCGGCAGCAGUGAGCACGCGGAUUACAGUGGCGGCGGAGUGGGGGGUAGCGCCGGCGGCGGGAGUAACGCGGAGCGCACGUGGGAGACGAGCGGGAGCGGGGAGGAGCCCGCGGCGGGCGGUUCGAAUGAUCUUACUGCGGCGGACGCGGCUCUGCUAUCGCAGCUCCGCAGCGCGCACGACUCGCUCCCCCGCCCCUCAUUCCAAUCGCCCACCGCACCGCAUGAUAGGACUCCCGCUUCUGGCGGCGACGCAUGUUGGGAAGCGUCCGGAACUCCGGGCCGCGGUUUUAGGGAGCCUCAAAGGCUGCGCGCACCAGGCGGCGGGAGUUGCGGGCUGCAGUUGGCGGUCGCGGAGCAGCUGGACCAGCUGCAGCGGGAGGAGCGCCGCGAUGAGUUCGAACAGCGGGAAACGCGGCGAGAUAGCGAUCUGGGAGCGCGGCGCGGUGCGACGGGAGAGCAGCGAGAAUUCGGGCGAUACAACCAUAUGUUUGAGAGGGCGGUUGGAACGGACGACACGUGUCCUCCACACGCGAGGCCGUCGCCGCUGCUGUCGCUUGCACCCGACUUCCGCGAUUUCCGCGCGGGAAGGGGAGGCGGGGUGACUGGCGACGGUAGCAGUGCAGAUGCCCUUGCGGAAGACCUUGGAUUAGCGUCGCAGCAGCUUGUAGAUGGUGUCGCGAUAAGCAAUAGCGGGGAUGCGAGCGGGAGUAGGGGGCAACAGAAUCCGUGGAGUCCGAGCAUCAACCAAAGCCGCAGCGGAAACGAUUGGGGGUUCGGAGGCAGGGAAGGGAGGAGCAGGAGCGGCGGGGCCAUGGCGCCUCCCACUCGGCCCGCGUCUGCCGCCAUUACCAGCGCCAAUGCCCGUGCUGUCGGCGCAGCCGCUGUUGGCGCAGCCGCUGUUGGCGCAGCCGCUGGCGGAGCUUCCGCCGUUGCUGGUGCUUUCCCGGGCGGCGAUGACGUGGCUCGCGCAGGCGACAGCGCGCACCUGGACCCGCAGGGGGCAGGACCCGCCGGGCCGGUGCCACGUGGCAGCAGGUCGAAGAGCGUUGGUCAGAUGCAGGCGGCUCGGAUUCUGCAGGCUCUGGAGCACGGCGCACGGGAGAGAGUGAAGCGGCGGCGCACGCAGCAGAAACACCUGGAGCACUUGCAGCUGCAGCAGGAGCAGCACGAGGAAGGGCACGGGCAAGUGCAACAGCAGUGUGGUCUUCCUGGUUUCGCAUUGCUGACCUCGCCUCUCUCCGUCUCCUCCACCCCCUCUCUUGCACCCAGUGCUGCCCCGUCACACACCCCCGCGCACGCAGCACCGCACGCAGCGCACAUCCCCCCGGUUCCCAUUGGAUGGGGCCACGGCCCCCCUGCACCUGUGGCGGACGCGUGGGGAGGCGCGCAGGGGCGUAGCGAGGGCGAGGCGGAGAGGCGGCGGCGGGAGCAGGAGCGGAUGGCGUUUGAUUGGAGCGAGAAGGGUCCGCGGAGCCACAGCGAGGCGGAGAAGCGCAGGCGCGAGCGCAUCAACCAGCAGCUGAGCGUGCUGCGCGCGCUGCUGCCAGGCGCGGCCAUGGCGAGGGCGGACAAGGCGAGCGUGCUGGCGGAAGCCGUGGCGCAGCUGCGGGCGCUGAGGGCAGGCUUGGGGGGAAGUUGCGGGCGGAGUGGAGAGGGGGAGUGUGAAGGGGAGGGGGGGAAGCAGGGGACGGGGAACCAGGAGGGAGCAGAAGGGGAGGCAGGGGAGGGGCAGGGAGCAGAGGGAGAGGGAGAGGAGGAAGGAGCAGAGAGAGCAGACGGAGCAGAAGGAGCAGCAGGAGCAGCAGCAGGGCUGGUUGCUUCCAGCCUGCUGGCCCGUGGCAGGGCUCCUGAAGCCACUCCGAGGGAGGACGAUGCAGUGGAGGUAGAUCUGGUGUGGGCGCAUGUGGCGGAGGAGGAGAGGGCGGAUGAAGUGGGGGAUGAGGUGGGGGGGGAGCAGGAUGAGGAGCAGGAAGAGGUGGACCGGAGGGGAGGAGAAGGGCUAGCGGGGCGCAAGAGGAAGCGAGGGAGCGAGGGGGAGAGGGUGGUGUGUGUGUGCGUUUGGUGCGAGGACGGGGAUGGUCUGCUGCCUGCCAUCCAGGCGGCCCUCAAGCCCUUCCCUCUGCGCCUCGCCAGCCUCGAGUCUGCCUCCUGUGGUUCGCGUGUUGCCCACGUGCUGCUGCUGCACGCCUGCCCUGCUCUGGCCGCUGACACCGACCCUGCUGCGUCCUUCCCAUCUGCUCCCGUUGCUCCUGACUUUAAACCUGCACUGGCUGCUCGACCUCCUAGUGCUGCGUCUGCUGCUGCAAUUGGUGCUCCAGGCUCAUCAGCAGCUGCAGCGCCUGAACAGGAGCAGCAGCUUGAGGGAAUGGGAAGACCAGGGGCGGAAGUGAACGAGUGCGAAGAGGAGGCUUCACAUACAAAAACAGCAAGUGGGGAAGGCGGGGUGGCCCAGUACGUGCGUGAGGUGCGAGCAGUGGUGGUGGAUGUGGUGGCGCGGUGGAGGCGAGGGGAAAUGGUCAGUGACGGUGUGUGA